UUUAUGCAUAUGUUCACUCUAAAUUUACCAAAGAUUCAAAUAACUAAAUUUUAUUAUUAAUAUUUUUUUAAUGGAAAUUAAUUCUUUAUUUUUUAUGACUAUUGUCGUUUUUGUAUUGAAACCAGAUGAAGCAGAACAAAGCGCAGAUUAUCUUCGCCAUUAUAAAAAUUAUCGUGAUGUUUAUAAAAAAUAUAUCAAAUCAGUAGUUGGGAACAUAUGUUCACAAAUGGGAUUGAAACGAAUGCUAAAUCUAAAAUUGAAAAAUGAUUCAAAUUAUACUAUUAAUAUAGAAAAAGCAUUUCAAUCCGACGCAUCCAUGGCUAAUUUCAAAGCUGACUAUUCUUAUACAAUAAGUGUACUAAAUUACAAAUAUACUGAAAUACUAAAAAAAAUCCUUGGUUACGUAGAUAUUAUUCUUCAUAAAUGUAAGCAAUUUCAUGAGAAAAAUUUUACGGAAAAUUUUAUUUAUUGUGUAACAUUACUCGUAGAAGAAGUGAAAAAUUCCAAGACUAUGUUGGAAAACCUCUAUAACGCUAUGAAGUUUAUAAGCUACAUAGAUGUAAGAUAUGUGUUUAAAAGAAUCAUUGUACCAAAUGCUAUAGUUGAUGAAAUUGAUUUUUUUAAACAAUUUGUCUUACAAUAUACAUCAGAGACUGUAUCUUUUGAUCUCAAUAGCUUACCAAAUCUUAAAGACACUGAAGAUAAAUUUAAGAAAUUAAAUGAAUUUUAUACAGCAGCAUCAGAAAAAGUAAACAAUAUGUUUCAAAAUAGUAAUAUCAUCGACACAUCUGUAGAAACUAAUUCGAUAACAAAUCAAAUUAACGAAUGCACUAAUGAAAACGACUCUUACUUAGUUUAUUUAACAUGUAGUAAUCUUAAUUUAUAUUAUGAUGAAACCAUAAAAAUUUGGUACAAAAAUCUUGGCUUUGACCAAUUUCUGACACCAAGAAUACCUGAAUUCUUACCUCCAAUAAUUCCAAUAAUAAAUCAAAAUGAUGGAAUAAUAGCUCUUAAUAUUCUUCGUCUGGGAUCUGGUUGGAAAACAAUGAAUCACAUAAAUAUUAUUUAUAAUGGUAAAUCAUUCAGUGUAGAUUUUAUUAUGAAAGACAAAAUUGAUAACGUAAAUUUUCAAAUAAAAAAAGAGCAUGUAACACAGUUAUUAAGAUGUAGGUAUACAGAAAUAAUGAAAAAUUACGAUGUACUAUUAUCUGUCAUACUACAUACAUGCACCAUGAGUGCAAAACAUCAGUAUUACUAUUGUUUGGUUGAAUUAUUUGACUCACUCAAUAAAUCAAAAAAAAUGUUUAAUGGAUUGAAAUCUGCUAUAACUUCUUUAAAUGAGUCAUCAAUAUGGAGUUUUAAUGUAAGGUCUCAUUCGAGUUUACAGAAAAUAUUUGAUUGGGUUAUAGAUUUUCUAAGUUUAUUGAAUAACAAUGAGUUUUCUAAAGAUAAAAAUGUAAAAAAUGAAAAGCCGAUAACCGAGAAUGUUAAAAAACUACUAAACAUCUUUUCAAUGUUUCGUAAUAACUUCUAUAAAGAAUUAAAAAGCGAUUUGAAUCGCAUGAAUGAUCGGUGUUUUAUGAGAAAACCAUUUAUUGAAAAAUUCAAAAUAAUUUAUGAUUUAUUGCCAUUGACUGCUAAUCCAUAUUCAUCCCAAAUAUAUCUCACUGCGUGUAAUUAUUUUGACAAUUUCUGUGAAAAUGUUUACAAAAAUUGUUAUGAAGAUCUAGGUUUUGGAAAAGUUGAAAAUCUCAACACUAACUAAGACGACAGAUAAAUAUAAUUUAUUUUGUAUUAAAUAAAUUAUUUGUCUACAUUGCAUUCACUGU